UACAGACAUGUACAUCUCACAGCCGGGUUCACCAACUUUCUGCCUAACUUAUGUUUAUGGCGACCCGGAUCAGAAGCACAGGAACACAAUGUGGGACACAAUGUCAUUUUGGGCAAAAGCAGGUUUGUACAGAAGUAAGCCAAGGUUAGUAAUAGGAGAUUUUAAUGAUAUCAAGAGUAAUGGUGAAAAAGAAGGAGGCCCUCUGCGAUCUGAAAACUCGUUUAAAGCUUUCCGUCAAAUGUUAAACACAUCUGGUCUUCAUGAAUUAACGACGAUGGGUGGAGUUUUUACAUGGUGUGGAAAUAGAUGAUACUCACACUCAAUCCGAUCAAGAAUUGAUAGAGCAGUAGCCUCCGCUGAUUGGCAAGAUUUAUUUCCAAUGGCCUAUGUACAACUAUUGGACUGGGUUGGAUCUGAUCAUAGACCGCUACUAAUCCAUACAGGUGACAAGAAAUGGAAAGGUGAUCAAUUCCAUGAGGCUCUCAAAAGAUGUCGAUCCUGCUUAUCCAGAUGGAAGACGAAGAAUAACAACAACUCAGCCAAGAAAAUACAAGAUCUUAAGAGCAAGUUGCAAAAAGAGUAUAACUCCAGUCCCCUUGAUCUUAAUCAAAUUAACCUGUUAAAGUCUGCCUUAACACAUGAAUACAGGAUGGAAGAGGAAUAUUGGAAAACAAAAAGCAGGAUCCAAUGGCUUCAAGCAGGAGAUCGCAAUACGAACUUCUUUCACACAAAAACAAAGCAAAGAAGAAAUCAUAACAGAAUCACAGCACUUGCUGAUGCACACGGUAAAAUAUGGACCACUGAAGAAGAAAAAGAGCUCUAUCAAGCGGUUCACACUAUGGCAAGAGAGAAGGCACCAGGACCAGAUGGAUUCAAUCCAGGAUUUUAUCAAGAUCAUUGGGCUACAAUUCGAACAGUUAUGAAGCAGAUGGGCUUCUCUGAAGUAUGGUGCAAUUGGAUCAUGAAGUGCAUCACCACAGUUUCAUACUCGGUGCUCCUAAAUGGCAAACCAACUGGACUAAUAUAUCCUUCUCGAGGCAUACGCCAAGGUGAUCCCAUAUUGCCAUAUAUUUAUUUAUUAUGUACUGAAGCUUUAUCUGCAAUGAUUCAGGAAAGCAUUAGAUUAAAAAGUCUCCAUGGUUUCAAGGCAAGUAGGAACGGUCCAGCAAUCUCACAUUUACUGUUUACAGAUGAUUCUUUGCUCUUCUGCAAAGCCACAGACCAGGAAUGCACAAUAGUACUCAACAUCUUACAACAGCACGAAAAAGCUUCAGAGGGCAGAACAGAAAAUGGACAACUGGUACACCAAGCUUCUCUCCCCUGCAGGCAAAGAGGUGCUUCUCAAAUCAUUUUGGUGGUCAGCCACAAAGGAUAAGCAUAAGAUUCCCUGGAUUGCUUGGAGCAAAGUUACUGAAUCUAAGAAGUUUGGAGGCCUAGCGAUCAGAGACUUAAAGGACUUCAAUAUAGCUCUUUUAGCUAAACAAAGCUGGAGGAUCCUCCAACAUCCAUCCUCACUAAUGGCUCGAGUUUUCAAAGCAAAAUAUUUUCCAAAGUCAAACCUACUAAACUCUACAUCCAAAGCGAACUCGAGCUAUGCUUGGAAAAGCAUCUACCAAGGUACAAAACUUAUAUCUCAGGGAAUCAAAUAUAUGGUAGGCAAUGGUAAACAAAUAAGUGUUUGGCAUGACCAGUGGCUUCCAAUAGACCCACCUAGAGCUGCAGAAGGACCAGGAGCUAGUAUUUAUCCAAAUUUAAAAGUUAGUGAUUUAUUAUCACAAGGAGCAAACGACACUAUCACUUGGAUUCAUAACAAAGAGGGGCAUUACACAGUGAAAUCUGGGUAUUACAUUCAGCAAAAACUAAAAAAGAAGAGAAUACUAUCAGAUGAUACAUGCCAGAGAUGUGGUGAGGAUGUAGAAACAGUCAAUCAUCUCCUAUUCCAUUGCAGAAUAAGUAAGGAGAUUUGGAACCUGACCACAAAUCCACAAAGCACAGCAAUGGAAACAAGUUUCAACUCCUAGCAAUGAAGUUCUGCCAAAUCUGCAAACUACAAACCAUAGGAGUUAUACAACAUUGUUACAAGAAAGCCCCACCCAAUCCAUCUCUCACCAAAACAGCGAGUACUGCUGUUUAGUUGAUGGAUCAUGGAAUUCACAAAAGGAUAAUGCAGGAAUUGGAUGGAUUUUAUACAACAAAAGAGCUCAGAUUAUACUCCGAGGAAUGGCAUCUAUUGCUCCUAUGAAUUCACCAAUUGAAGUGGAAGCUGAAGCUUUAAGGUUAGCA